GUUACAGCUAUUUUUUUAAAUUCGAAAAAUUUAUUAUUUUGAUAUUUUUAUAUUUAUUUAAAUUAAUACUCUCAUGGAGGAAAUGGUCGCAACAUUAGCUCCAGAACGAUGGAAGUUGAAGAACAUGAUAGCAGACUUGCCGCCACGAUGGGUAAUCAUUCAAAUGGGCUUAGGAGAAGUUUUUGGCACUGCAAUUUUAUUGAUGUUUGGAUGUAUGGGAGAUUUAAGUUCGUUAAAGACUAAUGUACCGCAUUUUAUUUCAAGUAUUGCUUUUGGAAUGGCAGUCAUGUUGAUAAUCACUACAUUUGGACAUAUUUCUCAAGCACAUUUGAACCCCGGUGUAACUAUUUGUGCUAGUAUUCUUGGUGGAUUGCCGAUUUUAUUAGCACCAUAUUAUAUUAUCUGCCAGUGUAUUGGAUCAAUAGGUGGAUUUUGGUUUGCAAAGUUAUUGGUACCUGAAAAAUAUCAUAAAGACUUUUGCGUUACUAGAGUACACCCAGAUUUUAAUUGGUAUCAGGGUUUCCUAGCCGAGUUUUUUUCUAGUUCAAUUUUAAUUUUGGUUUGUUGCGGUGUGUGGGAUCCACGCCAAGCUACAAAAGGAGGUUCAACGCCGUUGAAAUUUGGAUUCGGUAUCACUACACUUGCCGUUUUGAUGGGUGAAUAUACUGGAUGUAGUAUGAAUUCAGCUAGAACACUGGGACCUGCAUUACUUGGAGUAGAUGAUGAAAGCUGGGGUAAUUUUCAUUGGGUAUACUGGGUUGCUCCAAAUUUAGCUGGUGCUCUAAUUACGAUUAUUUAUAUGGUGUUUUGUGGAACACCUAAACCUAAAAAAUAAAAUAGGAAAGAAAAAUUCAAUAAUGA